UUGAAUUUCGAACGCAACGGUUCGCCCAGCUCCGGCACACGGCUCGAAAAGCGCAGUGCGAAGUUAAAACAGAGUGCAAAAAAGCCCACACGCAGAACGCAAAAACUGAGAUUAAGCCAAGUGAUAAAGUGAUAAGCCAGAGAGCAAAACAAACAAAAAACAAAUAGACAACAGACUCUUCGCAGAGCAGCGCAGUGUGCAGCAGUUCAAAGUGCAGCGAAAAGCCAGCAAAAUGGAUAUGGAUACUCUGCUGCCCUCGCCGCCCGCAACGCCCCCAUUGCGUGAAAAUAAAUUGGAAAACGUCGUCAAGGAUGAGCAACAGGUGAACGAGAACCUGCUGAAGGCCAAGCUUAAGCUGGUGGCCCAGAAGAAUCAAAAGAAUGGCGGCAUCAUCACACCCAAUCCCUCGGACACGGAGGAUGAGGCCAGCGAGAUGCCCAGCAAAAAGCCGCGCUUGGAACAGCCCGCUGUGAGCAUGACACCGCCGCCGGAUCAGAAGCUAGAGAGGGUCAGUGUCAUCAUGAGGGUCAAUAGCUCGGGAGCGGUCUCCUCGAGCAACCAAGACGAGAGCUCCAGCUCCUCCAGUACCAGUUCCUGCUGCAGUUCCUCCUUCUCCUCAUCCAACAACACCACCACCACCACCACCACAAGUACAAUUUCAAUGGUGCCCACCGUCGAGGAUGAUUAUCCAGAGACCAAUGUGUGGCGCAAUCUCAAGUUCAAGAUGAACAGGAAGCGGGCGGCCGAAGUGGCCCUGCCGACAGUACAAAAACCAGAGGAGGAAGCACCUCUUGUAGCAGCACAGCUCCCAGCACCAUCUGCACCGGCGGAAAAGCCUCUGGCGGAAGAAGUCAAGCCAGUGCUCUAUUUCGCCCCAGUGGUUGCCUCUCCAGCCAGCCAGCUCCUCCUGCUCAGCACAGUGGCCGCCCAGCAGAGUCACACGCCCAUCAUGCCCGAGGAGAAGCAGCAACAACAACAUCCCAGAAUCACAGCCGCACAGGCGGCCGCCACCAGGAGCCGCAUCUACGAGUGCAGCUUCCCGGAGUGCGGCAAGAACUACUUCAAGAGCAGCCACCUCAAGGCCCACCAGCGUGUGCACACCGGCGAACGGCCUUUCAUCUGCAAGUGGGACAACUGCGACAAGCGCUUCUCCCGCUCCGACGAGCUCUCACGCCACAAGCGCACCCAUACCGGCGAAAAGAAGUUCCAGUGCGGCGUCUGCCAGAAGAAGUUCAUGCGCAGCGAUCAUCUGUCCAAGCACGUGAAGCGCCACAACAAGGACAAGGCGAACGGCGUCAAUAGACAUGUCUCUUUGGUCAACGCCUCCGCCUCCCCCGUUGCCGCUUCCCUGUGCGAUGCCGGCACGCUUCACCUGCGGGCGAUAGCACCAGCGGUUAGCAGCGGCAGUUCCUCCCCCAUCUCAUCGUCCUCAUCCUCCUCCUCAUCUUCGGCCAGCCUGCAAGUGUACAGCGCCCAGGAUAUCCUGCGGUUACAGCAGCAGGCCAGCUUCAGUUUCGGCGGAGCCCUGCUUCAAGUGCAGCGAUGAGGGGCGGAAGAACCAGGAGCACCUGCAUCCAGAACCAAUCUCACACCCGACAGUAUCGCCAGCUUAAAAAACAAAACAAAACAAAACAAAAACUCCCACCAAAAAUCAGAGAAAUCAACAGCAGAAUAGGGUUUUCGUAAAGUAGAGUUUGCUGCCGACAAUGUGUAAAUUUUGAUUUCGUAAUCCCAUAAUGUACAGAUUUCAAAAAUCUUCUAAAAAACGGUUCUUUGUAAAUCCCAAGAGCCUAGAAUUCUAUUCCUGAUUCGGAUCAAGGAGUCUUUUUCGUCAAGUGUAGCUGGUGUUAGUCUUAAGCUUUAGUUAAGAGCUAGAUCUUGUCAACUUUUCCUUCUUUUUUUUUCGUGCAUAUAUCAACUUUCAAUUCAGGAGCACAUCUUAUAGCUUAGCAGCAAUCUUCUUCAGAUUCAUACUUCGAUUUCCGACUCUGAAUAUACCUUGUAAAUAUAUAUUAGACGAACAUCUGUGAUAUUUAAGUUUUUUCUUAACUAUUUUCUAUAUCGUACUAUAGUUAUUCGCGUGUAAUUCUCUUAAACUUAACAAUUGUAUUUAUUGCUAAAUGUCGAAAAAAGAGAAAAGAAAAAACAUAAAAAAAAGAAAAUGGAUCCCAA